CCUUGCAACAGGCCCAUUCGUUUGAACACCCCUAUAUCUAUCGAAGUAUUUCACCAAUUCGAGACGAAGAUUUAACCCCAGGGUUAACGAGAAUCAAGGAGAAGCCAUGGGAAGUGCAGGGAAACCGAAGUUCAGAGUGGAGUGGAUCUUUACAGAAUGAACUUUUGGAAGAUGGCUUGGAACAAGUGGUCAUGCUGUCAACGUGGCGAUGUUGCUCUCGAGCCAUCCCACAACCGAAGUCCAAUGAGCAGUCAAACUGGGUGAAAAUCUAUGAAAAGACUGUUGAAGUAUUAGCUCCUGAAGUGAACAAGCUGCUUAAUUUCAUGUAUUUUCAGUUCCGUGCAAAAACUGGUGAUGGUGCCCAUAUUGCACAACUGUGUGAUCUUUUAUUUAUUUAGUAUGAAUUGGUACAAUUGAAACA